AUGGAAGAAAAUCGCGUGAGUUUUCGACACAUUCAAUUCUUAGUUGACGAUUACAAGGCGUCUCUGACGCUUCGGCCUUUGUCACGUGCUGGAUUGGGAAUCACGAUCAACCCUGCCCUGACAAAGAAUCACUAUGGAGACUCCAAUAUCCGCUCGCUUAUUUAUGUGUCAUUUUAUUCCCCCCGACUUACUACCGCUUCUGACUCCGAUCGCUGUACAAGGCGCUCUGCAAAAAUGUCGCAUUAA